AUGUUGUCAUAUGCUUUAUUGGGUUAUCGGACGACUAUCAGAACGUCGACUGGAGCUACCCCAUACUUGCUAGUAUAUGGAACAACAAUCAUACCGGCUGAAGUGGAGAUACCAUCUUUGACAAUUAUUCAAGAUGUUGAGUUUAGUAAUGCUGAAUGGAGAAUGAUUCGUGCUUUCCACAAAAGAGUCAUAGCUAGAACUUUUGAAAUUGGUCAGUUGGUCCUUAAGCACAUUUUUCCUCAUCAAGACGAGUACAAAGGAAAAUUUGCACCAAACUGGCAAGGUCCUUACAUGGUUCGUAAAAGUAUUAUAUGGAGGUGCUCUGGUCCUGUCGGAUAUGGAUGCACCGCAUGGCCGAAACCAAUCAACUCAGACGCUGUCAAGAGAUACUACAUGUGA